AUGGUUUUACUUGGUUUUAUCGACGAACCAAAAGGAGGAAAAACAACCAAUGAUGAUAACCCAUCAAAUUGGACGAUUUCAAGAAUUGGUGGUCAAGCUGCAUUUCCCAAUGAUACAAUUUCAACGAAAGUAAAAUCGUCUCUUCUUUGCGGUAAAUGUCAGAAAGAACAAAUAUUUGUUUGUCAACUUUAUUGUCCAUUGGAUGGUCAUAAAUAUGAUCGUGCUAUUUAUCUAUUUGCAUGUCGAAAUCCAUCUUGUUGGAAUGCAUCUAAUAGUUGGACUGCUAUACGGUGUCAAAAAUAUGAUGAAACCGUUGAAGAACCAAUGCCAGUUGAUAUUGAAUCACCUGCUAAAGUUCCAUUAUCAUCGACUGAUUGGUGUGAUGAUGCUGAUGCAUGGAAUAGUGAUGAUGAUGGUACUACUACUACUACUAAAAAACCAGCUCCUGUUCCAACAAUAAUUAAAAAAGAAAUAAAACAAGAGCCUGAAGUAAUGUUGAACACAAUGAAAAUUGAAGAUGAUGAUCACAAUAAUGAAAGUGAAAAAUCAUCAAGUGAUGAAGAAGAUGACAAUAAUAAUAAUAUUGAAGUUAAUACCAAAAAGAAAUCUAGUAAUAAAAAUGUAUCUGUUGCUUCAUCUGAUGCUUUUAAUGAAUGGAAGAAAACUAAUUUGAGCAAACAAGCGUUAAAUGUAUCAAAUAGUGCAUCUUUUCCAUUUUAUUAUAUUGUUAUUGAUGAUGAAGAUGAUAUCGUUGAUGAAGCUAAAUUAAAUGAAAAAAGAAAAUUAAGAAAAGCAAUGAAAAAAUUAGGUGAUAUUGAUGAAGAUGAUGACGAUGAAACAACGAAAGGUGCAAAAGAAAAAUAUGAAAAAACACCUGAUUUUGAACAUGGAGAUGCUGUUUUUCAUCGAUUUCAACAAAAAAUUAGAUAUGCACCGGAUCAAAUCAUUCGGUACGAUUGGUCUGGCCAUCCGUUAAUUCUCACAAAAGCCGAUGAAAAUACUUUAUCAUCUGCUCAAAAAUGUCGUAAUUGUCAAUCAUCAUGUAAUUUUGAAUUUCAACUAAUGCCUGCACUGGUGAAUUUUCUCAAAAUCGACAAUCAAAUAGGUCUGGAGUUUGGUACGGUUUUUAUUUAUACAUGUUCUGCUAAUUGUUGGGAUGAGAAAAAUGAUCUAUAUCGGGUUGAAAAUGUUUUUGUUCAAGCUGAUCCUGAUCAAAAUUUAUUUGAUUAA